UCGAACUUUGGCUUUUUUCUGUUUGAGUUUAUUCUCAUUCCUCGCUCAUUUCUGCGGUGGUCCAUUGACUUUAAGCCACAGGCCAAUGCGAUUGUGUACAGUAUUUUACUCCCACAGACAGACCGUUAAUGAACAAAGGUUCUGCUCUGAUCAUCUCUACAUCCUUUACACUUCUAUUCACCACAGUGGUCAGUAACUGUGUGGUCUGCUCUUGUAUGAAGAUCAGAAGUCACGUUGUUUACAAGUGGAGACCGAGACCGCAGCUCCAGGGAAUCUCCCUUGUAACGCCAGACAUUUAAUUUUUGAUAUUAGCCUUUACGUUUUGCCAUUUAAAAAAAAAAUCCAUUACACAUUAUAUUAACUUCACAACGGAUUUGUUACCGGUUUAAACUUUUAGAAAAGUACAUUUGCAAUAUUGUUUCUACUGACAGUCUGCAACUUUUAAUAAUUACUAAAUAUUUGCCGACCUUUAUUAUCAGUCGUCGAUCCGUUUGAUCCAUUUUAAAUUCUGUUUUGGUUUCUGAAUAUAUUUGGUUUUAAUAAUAACUUCAGGACUUUGUAGUUGGAGUUCGUUGACAGGUUGACGUGUGAGGAAACAUCUCAGUAAUAGGCAAACUAAUCCGUUGACUGGUCCAUUUUGAUAGUAAUAAUUUAGUCCAAACACUUAAAAGUAUUCAAAUGUGUUUUUUGUACCUCAGGCAUUAUUUUCUACCUGUAUUUAUCUGACACUCAAGGCUAUGUAGAUCCAGAUGUUGUGCUUCUCAUUGCCACUCUGCCACUUUUGUUUUGAUCUUUAUUCAAACAAAGAGACUCAAGUCCCUCCUUCAUUUUACAUAAAUCGGAAGGUUUAUGAUAGUUACUAUUAAGGAGAUUAUUUGGAUUGCCUAAUCUCCAAUCUGAGGAUUAAGCGACGCUGGUGGUGUGUCUAGAUUAUUGGACCCUUGCUGAGGUGAAGCAUCUUGUUUUUGGGUCAGGGAGAUUAAUUUCUCAAUCACCAUCUGCUUCGAGUUAACUUUAAAGUUUAAAGAUACAUGUUUUAAGUGUUUUCGGUGGGUUAGUGGAAAUAUUAGCAGACAGUCAUGGAUGAGUCGUCGGUGCCGCCGAUUGACCCAGAUUUCGAACCACAGAGCAGACCCCGCUCCUGCACAUGGCCCCUGCCCAGGCCCGACAUCUCUACUGUCAAAACGGAGUCCGCGGACGGAGCCGAGUCGGCCGCCGGUACUCCUCCCGCGGACGAGGACAAGGCCGAGCCGCAGCCAAUCACUUCCGAGCCGGAGAAGGCGGUGACGGCCGCAGCCGAGGGCGGAAUCGUCGCUGGAGUGGGCGUACCCGGUUCCACUCCACGCAAAGGCUCGUCCCGCCGCAACGCGUGGGGAAACCAGAGCUAUGCAGACCUGAUCUGUCAGGCCAUAGAGGAAUCACCUGAUAAAAGACUGACCCUGGCUCAGAUCUACGAGUGGAUGGUGAAGACGGUGCCUUACUUCAGAGACAAAGGAGACAGCAACAGCUCAGCAGGCUGGAAGAACUCCAUUCGCCACAAUUUAUCACUCCACAACAAGUUUUUGAGGGUCCACAAUGAGUCCACAGGAAAGAGCUCCUGGUGGAUGCUCAACCCAGAAGGAGGCAAAACUGGGAAAGCACCUCGACGAAGGGCAGCUUCCAUGGACAACAGCAGUAAACUGUUAAAGAGUCGGAUGAGAGCAAAGCAAACAAAGAAACAGGCGGGAGUGGGCAGUGCUGGAGGAGCACUGCAGGGUGAUGGGGGCACGGGGUCAGCUGGUGCAGACAGCCCUAACUCAUCUCAACAGUUUCCUAAAUGGGGAGUCAACAGCAGUAGCCCCUCAUCUCGCGGCAGCCUGGAUGACAGUGACAUGUGGACCACGUUCCGUCCACGCACCAGCUCCAAUGCCAGCACUCUUAGCGGACGUCUGUCCCCUAUUGCUCCUGGGCAGGAGGAAGAUGACAGCCUGCCUGAAGACGGGUUGCUGGGAAGAUACGCUGCUAGGAGCCUGAGCCCAAGCCUUGCUGAAACUCUCAUGGAGGAACUGGAUCUGAUCGAUGGUCUCACAUUGAUGACUGGGCAGCAGGGAGGGGCCAGUCCCAGCACAGCUCCACCAGCACCCCCCACCCCACUGCCUUCAGCGUCCACCUUACUACCCCGGGGAACCAGCUUCUCCACCUUUCAUCAGAUGCAAACCUCCAACCUCAAACAGCAGCAGUCCAGCCACACUGCAGCCCAGGCUUCUAUCCCCCAAUGUGGGCCCAGUGGCAAAGACCCACCCUCCUUCAGUAACUCCCUCUUCAACCCCAUGUCCAACUCUGGGUCUCAUGGGAGCAGUACCUACAACACCCAUGUGCCCUCAUCUCUGGAGGCGCUGCUCACCUCCGACUCCCCUCCUCCCACUGAUGUUCUGAUGGCGCAGGUGAACCCCAUUUUGCCCAGUCCUGGAGGAAUGGGGCUAAUGGGUCUGAAUUCAUCUGUGGUGGGUGUGAGGUCAAAACCUAAUCAACUUCUGUUAGGAAAAGGACCAGAGCCAAAUGCAGUUGCCCCGAUGGCACUGCAGGCCCAGAUGCAGCAGCAGCAUCACCACCACCAUCUUCACAACCAACACCAGCAGCAGCAGCAGCAGCAGCAAACACAACAACAACAACAGCAGCAGCAGCACCAGUAUCACACUCAGAUGGGGUUAGGGAUGAUUCUCUCAGGUAUGUCUCAGGACCCCUCACAACUCUCAGUGCUCAAAGCCCAUCAUGCCACAGUGCCAGCCAUGGGCUCUCUCCACGGAGGGCCAGGUCUGAAUCUGCAGUCCAUGGGUCAGUUUGGAGCACCCACUUGCUUUUCUGCAGGUCAGGACCGUCUGCCCACUGACUUGGAUAUAGAUAUGUUCACCGAAAAUCUGGAUUGUGACGUGGACGACAUCAUCAACAGUGACCUCAUGGAUGGAGAUGGCCUCGACUUCAACUUUGACCCCGUUCUGCCUGGCACCCAAGGCUAUGCUGGCCCAGCCACCUCACAGGGCUCAACACACAACUGGGUCCCCAGCUAAGUUCUCAGACGACCACACAAAGCCAGGAACUGAUUUCUGAAUGGAGACGACAUCACAGUAUGACUCAGUGUUCCUCCUCCCUGAUGUCAGGCUCUCGAAGACAACUCUUCCAUGGACACAAACUACUACAACCAGACCUCGCUCACGUCAUGUGCCAACACAUGCAGAGGACAGGGAGGAGAUGCAGAUGACUAUGCAUUUCUCCCUUUUAAUUUUUUUUUUAAAUAAAUACUUGCAACAAUUUGGCUGCUAGCCAUUUUUACCAUUUAAUUCAUAUGAUUUUUUAGGACGCAUGCAAAAAUGUUUUUAAGGACCUAAAAGACACUGUUCAAGGGUGUAUACGGUACCUCCCCACGACUCCCAGCCUCCAUCAGGACGGCCUUGGCUUUGAAGACUGUAAUUUAUAGUUCAUGUUUGUUUUGGGUUUGUUUUUGUUUUUUUGAGAAAUGGCCAGUUUUCCAUCAACACCUGUGUUGUGUUAACAAAGUGAUCACCUGAACGUGGUGCACUUCCUCUGCUGCACCGGCUCCUGACCUCCAGAGAAAAAGAUUCAUCCUCAGUUCUGAAAAAAAAAAAAAAAAAGAUUGAGGCUUGAUUGUGUUAAUGAAGAGGUGAUAGAUAAUGACUAGAUAACUUGAGUUGUAAAACAAUUGAACAUUUGCUCUUAUUUUUCCCCAAAUCGUGUACGAAUCAAUUUCUCACUUUAGAGGAAGAAAACUUUUUUUUUUUCAAUUAUAUUUGGUGUAGGGAUGGGCAAUAUGGCCAAAAUAAUGUUCUAUUUAAAUUUUAUCUCAAAUUUCUCAAAUAAGUUUAUCUCCAUAAAAUGUCAAAUGUUUAUAGAUGUUUUUAAAGACUGAUUUUGUUUUGUGAGGAAAAGAUAAAUGAGAAAUUUGUCAGUAUUCACUUCAAAAUGCUGUUGUUUGGGUCAGUAGGAAUUGAUUGGGUGGAACCCUGAAUUGUCCUACUUGUUCUUUACAUUUCUUUGAAUGCAUUUAAGUUGGUAACCCCUUAACAUGCUCAAAAUAUUUUUACCAGUGUAAUGUAACAGGGGCCUAAAGAGCAUUUGUGUCAGUCAUUGCAAAAAACAGUCAACAUAUGGUCACAGAAAAGUACUUUACACCUAGAAAAAAACAGUUUGAUCCUUGUCACAGUGGGAAGUAGAAAUGGACACCAGGGUACUGUUUAAUGCAGUUUGUAAACAAUCAGGUCUUGUAAGGAAUAUUUCCAUGUUGUGUAACACUGGUAGUGAUAUUUUGAGCACAUUAAUAGUGGGUUUGUGGUUGUUGUCCUACAGACACUUGUCAUGACCUCAAACAACAACACUGAGUGCUGUGACAACUGCCGGGUUUCUCCUUUAACAUUGUUUAAGAACUCCUUACUGAGCAGAAGAGUGUGUGCAGACAUUUCUAAAACUUUUAUUCGCGUUAUACCUCUCACCAUGAUUGCCGAUGCAUCAGCAUUGCUUUUGAUCCUCAUUCAAACUUCAAUGACGUUUGUUCUGUUGCUGUUGAAGAACAUUGUGCCGUGAUGAUUAGCUAUGGUUUGAUGGCCUCUCCCUGGUUUGGUGAUGGAGUGAAGAGAGUAUGAAUUUUGCAUUUUGUGUUCAGGUAGAUGUGAGUUAGAGGGUGUUUUAUCUUUACUGCUUUUUGUCCCCUCCAUCCCUGAUGUGCAGUUUAACCAACAAAAUGAAGUUAUUUAAUUUGUGGCAUGCAAGUGGCAUUUAAUGGUAAAUCUAUCUGCCAACAAGUGAUGGGUUGGCCUGUGUUACAAGGUCUUAAGCAUCAAUAUGUCUCUGUCCAACUGUCCUGAUUUUUAUUUUUCCUUCUUCCCAUCUGUGCAUUUGUAAAGCACUUAGGUUUCCUGCCACACAGGAGGCCAAAACUAUAAGAGAACAUCCAUCAUUAAGGGUUGCACCAUUUCAUUAGAAAAAUGUUUAAAAUUCUGUAUGAAAAGUUAAAUCCUAUGUAUAUUGUACAAGUUGCACAUGUGACGCGCUACGACACGCUAUGCAGUUAUCAGGAGAAACGAAACAUGAAAUCUUGAAGGAGAUUUAAAAAAAAACAACAACAAUAGAAAAGACUACUUGAAGGGUUUUGUUUUGAUUGGUUUUCCUGGUGGGGAUGGGUAAGUGUGAGCGCCUAAUGUCAUAAUAUCCUCUCACACUUUAAUUAUUUAGUACUAAUCUUACCAGAAAUGACUUCACUGUGUGAGAAAUAUACAAAAAGAAUAUAUUUGACUAUAGUUUUAAUAUACAGUAUAGAUGGAGUUAAAAAUAUGAGAUAUUAAUGCGUAUAAAUAUACUAUAUUACUAAUGACAAGUCUUUUUUUUUACAUCGGAGGAAACAUUUUCAGAUCAUUUUUAACGGUAAUUUUUCUAUACUUUUAUUUUUGUAAAAAAAAAAAAAAGAUUGCGAUGCAUGUAGAUUUUUUUACGUAACCAAAAGAACACUAAUAAAUAUCAGCGUUUGCAUGGCAUUGGGGGAGCGCUUGGGUCUGACAGUAUCUGCUUGUACAUAAGCUUCGCCUGUAACCUUAAGUCUGACUUCAUUCUGGAGAGAUGCAUCAGGCUGCAUCGGUACUUGACCAUUUUACACAGAUUCCCACUGAUCUGCCUCGAAGUUGUUUCCAUUUUUUAACAAAGGUGCAUCCAAGUGUUAAACACAAAGUAGUAUCUGUGCUGUGGUGUGGCAGCAUGAACAGAACAGAUCUGUUCUGUGCCACCUUUUCAUCUCAAACCUAGACCAAUGCAACUUGUAACUACUCAGGGCCAAAAAAAAAAAAAAACUCUGCACAGAUUUAAUCAAAAAAUAUAGUUUAAAAAAAUCAUUGUCAUUUUUUUUCCCACUGCAGUCUGUUACAGCAGACUGGUCUGUUUUGAUCUUUAAUACAAGUGAAAGUUUGGAAUCUCAAAUUUAAAAAAGUGUGAAAUGAAAUGAUGCCAAUAUUUAAAACACUAUAGCAUGAUGUUUCUCAGUUGCAGGAUGGAUUCUCUUUGGUCAGCUUUCCCUCCUCCUGUUAAACUUUUGUAGGGGCGGGGUGCUUCUUUGUAUAUAAUUAUAAUUAUGCCCUUGUUUAUAACCUCAACCUUUUGUUAUCCAUAAUGGGAAUCCCAGCAACUUCUACAUAUUUCAUGUUGCACAUAAAGCACUCUCUCGUUUCUGUUCAUCCCCUUAUAUGUUAAUUGGUGCUGUGUGAUUUCUGACAUAUCAGGAAUGUACAAGGAAUCGCCUUUGGAAUCACCCUGGAAUUCCGUGUUCAGCACAAAGAUCUUGAUAUAAUUUUUUUCAACAUCCUCCCUGUCUGUUUUUUUUCUACAUAUUUAUAUAUACAUUAACCUCUCAUGAAUGUUCCUAGUGCAGCAGACCAGCUUGUUUAACUGCAUGUUUUUUGUGUGUAGGUCUUUAUAUAUGCAGCCAAUGCCCCUGUUGGACAUGUGUCCCAAAGACUUAGUUCAGUCUGAGGAUCAGCUGAAUUUGACUUUGGGUUCAAUUCCAAUUUAAUGUCCCCGUCUUAAAACAGACCACAUGUAGUAUUAUUACUGCCCCCAUUAUGUUAUUACAACAGUCAACAGAUUUUUCUAUUCAGUUUUAUCUAAAGUAGUACUUUAGUUCCUGUAUGUUGGUUUUGAAAUUGAAACUUUCCCUCAGUUUGAUACAGUAUUUUAGUAUUUGCUCUUUUUAUUUUUUAUUUUCACAGAAGGGAGGGUGGGUUGGUCUUAAGUUGUGUAUAAGCCAAUUAUGUUUUUUUGUGUGAUUAAAAAUGUUGAUAGACUCCCUCCUGUGCCGACCCCCUCUCAUCGGUCUUCUUUUUUUCUUUUUCUAAACAUUGUAAAGUCAGACAGAGAUGACGGAGCACUCUGAACAGCAGAAAUAAAUUCAAUAAACUCUUUAACCCAC